AAAGAAUUAUGAAAAACACUCAAACCAAACCGAGAGCCUGGAGAUGAGUUCUCAGUCGUUCCGGCGACUCCGUAGCGCCGACAUUGCCGCCGCACCACGCGAACGAAACCGCCCUUGGAUAACUUCGGCUGUAAGACCUGUGCUCGUGGCAUUGAACCUUGUUGCGGCAAGCAAGGCUCACACCUACGCUUGUUCCAUCGCGCUAGUGACGAAAGACGGCGUCUUGUUCCUUAAACUUCCGAAGUUAAAACCCUCGACCUUCGAUGCCUGCAUCGACAUCACUGCGACCUGAUAAGUGAAAGCCCAUGUACUGUCGACGCUAGCAUAUCAGCGAAUAUAGGGACACCUCAGUGACUUGUGGUAACUGCAAGCCGUACGGACGUGACGCAUCGUUCAGGGACAGUUCGUUCGGCCAUGACGACAGACCACGACGACGCACUAAGGCUAACUACACGGUCGGCAAGACUAGCGGCCCUCUUCGUGCUGUCGUCGGUGUUUGCAAGGGCAGCAGGAGACAGCCGGGAAGGGGGUGGCCCUCCCGAGGCCAGGUCGUACCUCACGCACGACCUCGACCUCUCGUCGACCCUGUGGCAAACCCUGUCUGCCUCGUCGGCGUCGGGACUCGCCGUGACGCUACGAGAAGCUCCGCUCAGGCCCAGGUUCAGCCAGGAACAGGCGCUGCUGGAACUGCAGUUCACGGGUGACACCACGCACGGUCUACGACUGGCGCUAGAGGGCGCCCAGCGGAGACUGCGGCUAAGGUCCACCGACGUCGGCCGAAGAGGUGGCGUAGUCAACGAUACGUCGUCGCCGACUUCUUCAGCGGUGGAUGUCUCCGGCGUGCCUCGGGAGGUCGUCCUCCUCUUCAUGACGAACGAAGGACACAGAGACACGAUAGCCAACACGGACGUUCACGUCUUCCUCGACUGCCAGGUUCAAGAGCAGCUGUCCCUCUCGCUUCCUCUGCGAGAGAUGGCUCGCCAGUCUACAGGUCUCAGAGUCUAUCGGGACAAAAGGAUCAAGGUGGAUACUGUGCGUGACGUCACGUUGCACAACGUGCUCCGCAGGGCGUCCCCGACCUGUAGCAGACGGGAGGCCCUGACCACGCCUUCGGUCGCCGUGCCAGGCAGAAGCAGCGGCGGCGGCAGCGGCACCAGUACCAGUAGCCGAAUGGCGAUGACGUCAGACAGAAGCGACCACGGCAGCGAAGUUCCCGAAGACGCCCACUUUCGCGGGGAAUUCGGUCGACUGGCGACCAGGGCCCUCGUCGAUCUGAUCGACAUGCUAAGCGAGUCCAAGAAAGCCAUAGAAGUGCAGACGCGAGCCCUGCUGAUGCUGACCGAGACGUUGUCCCGCUGCCACCUGUGCCAGCGGCGGUCUCACGACGAGGACCUGGUCAUGAACGUGGGCGCGGCCCCCGCGACGUGCGCGAGCCGGCCCUGCUUUCCGGGGGUGCGGUGCGUGGAUGUGCCGCACGGUGACUAUCGGUGCGGACCGUGUCCUACGGGCUACACGGGCGACGGCGUCCGCUGCCAGCCGGCCGACCGGUGCGAGCAGGAAAAGCCCUGCUUUCCGGGAGUGACGUGCCGGAACGCUCCCGGAGGAGGAUACCACUGCGGACCGUGUCCCGAGGGAUUCCACGGCAACGGCACCCACUGCGAGGACCUGGACGAGUGCGACGCGGCCGAACCGUGCUUCCAAGGCGUGGCGUGCGUGAAUGAGUACCCGGGCUUCCGGUGCGGUCCGUGCCCUCGAGGCUUCGAGGGCAACGGCGAGCACCGGGGCGUCGGCCUCGUGUUCGCGCGCGGCUCCCCGCAGCAGUGCCGAGACGUGGACGAGUGCGCCGACGGUCGGAACGGAGGAUGCGUGCCAAACUCGCGCUGCAUCAACACGCAGGGAUCGAGGGUGUGCGGAGAGUGCCUGCCGGGCUACCUGGGCAAUCAGACGUCCGGCUGCCAUCCGCGACCGGGCACCUGCCCGGACGGGACCCUGUGCGACGCGAACGCGGACUGCGUGCCGCCCCGCGCCGGUUUUCGACACCCCGAUGAAGAGGAUCGGGCGUACGGCUGCCGCUGCCGCGUCGGGUGGGCCGGGGACGGACGCCACUGCGGGCCCGACCGGGACCUCGAUGGAUGGCCGGAGGUGGCACUGCCAUGCCGACAGGCCCGGUGCCGGCCGGACAACUGUCCGGGCACCCCGAACUCGGGCCAGGAAGACGCCGACGGGGACGGCCAGGGAGACGCCUGCGACUCGGACGCCGACAACGACGGCGUUCCUAACAACCCGGACAACUGCCCGCUGUCCGCGAACCCCGGACAAGAGGACACCGACCCGGACGGACCCGACUACAAGGGUGACGCGUGCGACAACUGCCCCCUGGUGUCGAACCCGGACCAGACGGAUUCGGAUGGAGACGGGCGCGGCGACAGUUGCGACCAGGACGCCGACAACGACGGCGUGCCCAACGAGAGAGACAACUGUCCCACGGUGCCCAACAGGGACCAGGCCGACACGGACGGAGACGGCCUCGGAGACACCUGCGACAACUGUCCCAGGGUCUCCAACUACGACCAGGUGGACACAGACCGCGACCUCGUGGGAGACGCUUGUGACGACAACAUCGACCGGGACAGAGACGGCGUUCAAGACAACAGGGACAACUGUCCCGACGACCCGAACGCGGACCAGCUGGACACCGACUCGGACGGGGAAGGGGACGCCUGUGACUUCGACAAGGACAACGACGGAGUACCGGACAGCCAGGACAACUGCGCCCUAGUUCCGAACCCGGACCAGCGGGACACCAACAGGACUGGGGUCGGGGACGCCUGCCGCGAGGACUUUGACGGCGACUCGGUGCCGGACGCCCUGGACGUGUGUCCGGACAACCGUCGCGUGUACGCGACCGACUUCCGCGCCUACCAGACGGUGGUGCUCGACCCGGAGGGCGACUCGCAGAUUGACCCCCACUGGGUCGUCUACAACAAGGGAGCCGAGAUAGUGCAGACAAUGAACUCGGACCCGGGACUCGCAGUCGGGUUCCAGCACUUCGGAGGCGUCGACUUCGAAGGCACCUUCUUCGUCGACACCGAAGUGGACGACGACUACGUGGGCUUCGUGUUCGGUUACCAGGACAACGGCCACUUCUACGCCGUCAUGUGGAAGAAGAGCAGCCAGACGUACUGGCAGGCCACGCCUUUCCGGGCCGUGGCCGAGCCGGGCAUACAGCUCAAGCUCGUCCACUCGGACACCGGACCGGGGGAGACGCUCAGGAACGCGCUGUGGCACACCGGACACACGCCGGGACAGGUUCGUCUCCUGUGGCGCGACCCGCGCAACGUGGGCUGGAAGGAGAGGGUGGCCUACCGCUGGCUCCUGUUGCACCGCCCCGAACUGGGCCUCAUCCGGCUGCGCAUCUUCGAGAGCGACCAGAUGGUCGCAGACUCCGGAAAUAUUUACGACUCGGCGCUCAGGGGAGGUCGCCUCGGAGUGUUCUGCUUCUCGCAGGAGGCCAUCAUCUGGUCGGACCUGGUCUACCGAUGCAACGAGGCGCUGCCGGACGCCGCCUACAGAGACCUGCCGCCAGAACUGAGAAAGAAGGCGCGACGCGACAACGUGACGCCCUCGCAAGUGCCCCUGGGACCGGUCGUCUACAGCGACAACUUCGUCGACUACACCUGAAGGUUGAUGGCCGGGGAGUCCGGUGGAUGAAGGCUUCGUCCGAUCCGCAUCGACGCAGCAGUAAUAAUAAAAGAAACAACGUGUUCUUCU